AUGGCUAACGACACGAACACAACGGCUCUUUUAAGAGCCACCCACGUCUCCAACAAAAGAGCUCUUGUCUUCACCUUUGUUUUCAGAAUCAGCAGCACCAUGCCUGAGCCAGCCAAGACCGCCCCCAAGAAGGGCUCCAAGAAAGCUGUGACCAAGACCGCCGGUAAAGGAGGUAAGAAGCGCAGAAAGUCCAGGAAGGAGAGCUACGCUAUCUACGUGUACAAAGUCCUGAAGCAGGUUCACCCCGACACCGGCAUUUCGUCCAAGGCGAUGGGAAUCAUGAAUUCGUUCGUCAACGAUAUCUUCGAGCGCAUUGCCGGUGAGUCCUCUCGUCUGGCUCACUACAACAAACGCUCCACCAUCACUUCCAGGGAGAUCCAGACCGCCGUGCGCCUGUUGCUGCCCGGUGAGUUGGCCAAGCACGCCGUGUCCGAGGGCACCAAGGCCGUGACUAAAUACACCAGCUCCAAGUAAAGCGCGUCACCGCCGCCUUCAUCAACACAACGGCUCUUUUAAGAGCCACCCAUGUUGUCCGUCAAAGAGUGAUUUCCUGCAGUGUAGGUUUGUGUAGUAAAUUUCCAGGAACCACUUGUAAAUCAUAUAUAAUUUUUAAGCUGAGUUGUUCUAGAGCAUAAACAGUUUCUAGCAGUACACAGCUAUUCAGAACUAGCAUGUAGAAGCUCUACAAUAAAAGUUUGUUACUUUUAGAUGCAACAAAUAAAACCAUGAAUCUUGGACGCCCAAAGGAAUAUCAUUUAAUGCAACAUAAAUACUAAGAUUUGGAUGAACAAUGAGAAACUUCUACUAUUUAAAUAUUUAACUCCUGUUUUUGAUUCAUAUGUGUAAAGUGACUGGGAUUGUUUGGUUCCAUUAUAAAUCCACUAUAAUAAAUUUUUAUAAUGUUCUAUUAGACUUUUAUUAUUGACUUCAGCUCUUGUAAACCUCAAUUUUGAGCUUGCAUUUGCUGUGUACAUCCUGCAGACCUUAUUUACUGGAGCUCACACCCCACAUUUUU